AGUUUGGGGCUUUUGGUCUUUUCACCUAUUAUAAAGGUCAAACUUCAAAUUUUUUCUGGGUUAAUAUUUCACGAACGGGUUCGAAAUCGAAAAUCGUGAAGCCAAAUUUCUACAUCUCCAUUUUCCCCAAUUUCUAAGCACCGACGACGAAUUAGGUUUUUAUUCAUUUGGCUAAUUCGACCAGAUAUGGGUCGAUCUCGAGCUGUAUCGAAAAUUGCUGAUAGUGAUCUCAACCAGAGUAAAUCUUCCAAAAGAAAGAGAAUUGCUUUGAAUUCCGAUUCAGCCGAGAACGCAGCUUACAAUGUGGUUUUGGGGCAAGUAAAUGGCGAUAGGAAAGCUCCUUUAUAUCAUUGCAAUUAUUGCAACAAAGAUAUCUCGGGAAAAAUUCGGAUCAAAUGUGUUGUCUGCUCUGAUUUUGAUCUUUGUAUUGAGUGCUUCUCAGUUGGAGCUGAGGUUACUCCUCACAAAUCCAAUCACCCUUAUAGGGUUAUGGACAACUUGUAUUUUCCACUGAUUUGUCCAGAUUGGAAUGCAGAUGAAGAGACAUUACUGCUGGAGGGUAUUGGGAUGUAUGGAUUUGGGAACUGGAACGAAGUUGCAGAACAUGUUGGAACAAAAAGCAAAGCACAAUGUAUUGACCAUUAUGAUGCUAUAUACUUGAAGUCCCCGUGUUUUCCCCUUCCUGAUUUAUCCCAUGUUAUGGGAAAGAGCAAAGAUGAGCUCCUUGCCAUGGCCAAAGUACCUGGUGAAGUCAAGACAGAGAACCCCAUGAUUAUAGAGCUUCCACCGAGUGAAGAGCCUCCCUUAUCUGCUAUAGUCAAAUAUGAAGAAACCAAAAAAGAUCCCGGUUCUACAUAUUCAUCUCAUCCAACUACUGAAGUUGGAGGGGAUCAAGUAAAGCCUCCUAACGAAUCUAUGAUCAAAGAUGAAAUUAAAGCUGAAGAAUCUCAAGUGGAUAGGAGUAUUGGGGAGAAGAAACCUCGCUUAUCAGGGGAUGAGGGACCUACAUUGACAGAGUUGAGUGGCUAUAAUAUCAAGAGGCAUGAAUUUGAAAUUGAAUAUGAUAACGAUGCAGAGCAAUUGCUUGCAGAUAUGGAAUUUAAGGAUACUGACACUGAGGCAGAGCGUGAAUUGAAACUACGAGUACUGCGUAUCUACUCAAAAAAGCUUGAUGAGAGGAAACGGAGGAAGGACUUUAUACUGGAAAGAAAUUUGCUUCACCCCAACCCAUUUGAGAAGAAUCUUUCACCUGAUGAAAAGGAAAUAUAUCAGCGGUUCAAGGUCUUCAUGCGAUUCCACUCAAAAGAAGAGCACGAGGAAUUUCUUCGUAUUAUUAUUGAGGAGCAUCGAAUUAUAAAAAGAAUACAAGAUCUUAAGGAAGCUCGAGCUGUUGGUUGCCAAACAGCAGCUGAGGCUAAUAAAUUUAUUCAACAAAAGAGGAGUAACGAAGAAAGUGCUCUUAGGAUUAGAGAAAGUUUUCAAGCUGGUCCAAGUGGCAAAGUUUUGCAUAAGCCUGGUCACAUUAAAGAAGAAUUUGAUGGUAGUCCUCUGGGACUUGUUAGGGGAUCCAUUGAUCUACAUUCUAGUACCAAGGAUCCGUCUUUAGCAAUGCCAUCGGUUCCAAACUCAUUGGAUCAUUGGGACAUCACUGGGUUGGCGGGGGCUGAUUUACUCUCUGAAACUGAGAAACAGCUUUGCAGUGAAAUCCGAAUACUACCUUCACAUUAUCUCAACAUGUUACAGAUCAUGUCCGUGGAAGUGUUGAAUGGCAAGGUAACAAAGAAAUCUGAUGCCUAUAACUUGUUUAAGGUUGAUCCCAACAAAGUUGAUAGGGUAUAUGAUAUGCUUGUGAAGAAAGGGAUAGCUCAAGCAUGAUCAUAUCUUGUGUUCAAUUUUGUUACAGAACUUGUAUAGUUAUUGCUUGUUGUAUAAGGUAACAGCCAUGCUGCUCAUGAGUCAUGACUAGUGAUUAUUUGGCCAAACAUUAUAAGAUAAUGUAUAAGAUGAAGCAUUUGAAUAGCGCUGUGAACCCGGUUGGUGCUCUAUAACCAACCGUUGUGCUGGAUAAAGCUGCUCAAACUUAAAUUGAUUAGAGAAGAAGGGCAUGGUGCCUCGUAUUGCCUUUUUUGUAUUUUGGUUAUGGGAUUGAUGGUCUAGUACCUUAUGAAACAAAAAUAUCCUUCGGUCCCUAAAUUGAUCCAAAUUACAAGUGUUCAGUAUAUUCGAAAUUGCUCAGCUUAUUAAAGACAUGUAAUCUUUGUAUCCAAUCCGGUGACCUAAUCUUUAUGUAGUUGUGUGAAUUUGAUUGGUUA